AUGCCGGCCGAGAUCAAGGGCCUGGAGUUCUAUGAGGGUCUGCAGGGCAAAAAGCACAAACUGAGCAAGAAGCUGAGGAGGAAGCUUCAGAUGUGGCUGUGGUCCCAGACCUUCUGUCCGGUGCUGUACACGUGGAGUGACUUGGGCAUCAGGUUCUGGCCCCGCUACAUGAAAGUGGGCAGCUGCUACACCAAGAGGUCCUGUUCUGUCCCGGAGGGCAUGGUUUGUAAGGUCUCCAAGUCCAUGCAUCUCACCAUCCUAAGGUGGAGGUGCCAGCGCAGGGCACUGCAGAGGUGCACGUGGAUACCCAUACAGUACCCCAUCAUAUCUGAGUGCAAGUGCUCCUGCUAA